CUUCUUCCUUUUUCUCCCUUCUGUUGAAUAGGGUUAAUAGGCUCACUUGCUACUAAAGCCAAACUUGAGGAGUUAACAGCUUUAACUUCGUGAUCAAUAGCAUCUGCCGAACCGGCUUCCUCGUUUCCUAUCAUUGAUUUUCAACGUGGCCUCAUAAGCCAUGCACUCCUUUUCUGUUGGCAGUUGAUCUCCUAACUUUUGUGUAGUCAAUACUCUUGUCGCUUUCUCUUGCGGCUCAGUUUUUGAUGGAACAAAAAAAAAAAAAAACCCAUCAUCCUGUCAUUAGAUCUUAAGAUAUCUAUUUAUUCAACAUAUAGUUUAGAGAAUUAGGAUCCACCGUAUUUAUGUUUUCCCUUUAGCCUCCAAAGUCGGUCUAACUCUUAGCCAUAUCAUUCCCUUCACCUGAGCUCCUUCAAGAAGCAAUGGAAGGCAUGAAUGACUGGCUCUCCUUCUCCAUGCACGAGAGUCUCAACCAUGACCUUGCCAUUAGAAGGUUUUGUCCUGCUAGAAUGGAGCUGGAACAAGGAGAAGAGUGCUGGGAGGAAAUCACAUUCAGUGAGAUUGAACUUCUUUCUCCUGAUGAUGACAGCACUAGCCCUCCUCACUUAGCUGAUUCUGAGGUGGAUGAAUUGGUUGAUAGCUUUAUUAACGUGGAUCAAGACGGUAACAAGGAUGACAAGUCCUUUGAGAAGGACCAGGAUUUCAAUCACCUCCAAGAUGAUCAUAUAGAGGCAUUUUCCAUGGUGAAUGAUGUUUUUCAAGACGUUCCAAAGAUGAAUAUAGAAGGUGAUGAAUUGGAGAUGAGCAGCUCUUUCGAAGAUCUUGAAGCUGUUUCUGAUAUGGAGCCUAGAGUGGAAGACAUGACUCAGGGUGUAGAUCAAGGCCUUCAUUUGGUCCACUUGUUGUUGGCUUGUGCUGAGGCUUUGAGCUGCAGAGACACACGGCUAGCAGAAACAAUGCUCAGCCAAAUUUGGCCUUCAGUUAGUCCAUGGGGUGAUUCUUUGCAGAGGGUUUCUUUUUGCUUCGCUAUGGGAUUGAAAUGUAGAUUAUCACAUCUUAAUAAUGUGAAUGCACAUGGGACAUUCACAAUUGGUGGUGCUAUGGAUAGAUCAUUGAUCGUUAGGGCAGAGAAAAUGGAAGCUUUUCAACUUCUUCAUCAAGCAACUCCUUAUAUCGCUUUUGGUUUCAUGGCUGCAAAUGAAGCUAUAUGCCAGGCAGCACAAGAAAAGGACUCUUUGCAUAUCAUUGAUCUAGGAAUGGAGCACGCCCUUCAGUGGCCUUCUUUGAUGAGAAUUCUAGCUUCAAGGCCUGAAGGCCCUCCGAAACUCCGAAUCACAGGAUUGAUAGAUGGUCAUAAUCUGUUAGAGCUUGAAGCUAGCAUGAAAGAACUUGCCGAGGAAGCUAGCUCAUUAGGCAUCCGUUUGGAAUUUAACUUGGUUUCAGAGCCAGUUUCGCCAUUGCUUUUAACUACUGAGAAUCUUAACUUGAGAGAAGGGGAGGCAUUAUUUGUGAAUAGCAUAAUGCACUUGCACAAGUUCGUGAAAGAGAGUAGAGGCUCCCUCAAGGCAAUCCUCCAAGCAAUAAAGAAAUUAAAUCCAACAUUGCUUACGGUGGUAGAACAAGACGCAAACCACAAUGGUCCCUUCUUUCUUGGAAGAUUUAUUGAAUCUCUUCAUUACUACUCUGCCAUUUUUGAUUCCCUUGAAGCUAGUCUUCCGAGAAAUAGCCCACAGAGGAUAAAGAUGGAAAAGGUUCAAUUUUCUACGGAGAUUUGCAAUAUCAUAGCUUAUGAAGGUUCUAACAGGAUUGAGAGACAUGAAAGAGCAGAUCAAUGGAGAAGGCAAUUAUCCCGAGCAGGGUUUCAAGUAAUGGGGUUGAAAUGCAUGAGCCAAGCUAGAAUGAUGCUCUCUGUUUAUGGCAUUGAUGGUUACACUUUAGCCACCGAAAAGGGUUGUCUCCUCCUUGGAUGGAAAGGCCGGCCUAUCAUGCUAGCAUCUGCAUGGCAAGUGCACAACCUUUUUCCCUCCUAAUGCCUGCCAAGGUUUUGCUGCUUUAUAUAGUAUCAACAUUUAAAUAACAAAGUGGAUUUGCUGCUUUAAUGAUGAUCCAGAUAUUCCCGAAAAGAUUGUGCACAUUUCAGCCCAUGUUUCUCACAGAAGUUUUGCAAUUUCUUGAAUUAUGUUAUCAUUGCAAUAUUGAUCAUUCUAGUUCACAUUUUUA